AUGUAUCAGGACUAUACCGACCUGAAUAAGGCUUGUCCGAAGGACAGUUUUCCCUUGCCGAGAAUCGACCAGCUCAUCGACGCUACUGCUGGACACGAGCUGCUCAGCUUCAUGGAUGCCUAUUCAAGAUACAACCAGAUCUUUAUGGACCCUGCCGAUAGAGAACAUACGGCAUUCAUCACCGAUCGCGGUUUGUACUGUUACAACGUCAUGUCCUUCGGCCUCAAAAACGCGGGAGCAACUUAUCAACGGCUCGUCAACCGGAUUUUUGCUAAGCACAUCGGCGACAUUAUGGAAGUAUAUGUCGACGACAUGUUGGUGAAAAGCCGAACGGCAGGGGGGCAUCUAGAAAACCUAGCCCUCAUGUUCGGUAUACUAAAGGACUACCGAAUGAGGCUGAACCCAACGAAGUGCGCCUUCGGUUUAUCUUCCGGUAAAUUUCUCGGAUUCAUGAUCAACCAAAGGGGAAUCGAAGCUAAUCUCGAGAAAAUCAAAGCCAUAAUCGACAUGGAGACGCCGAAGACACAGAAGGACAUUCAAAGCCUUACCGGACGUGUCGCUGCCCUGACACGCUUCAUCUCCAAGGCUACCGACAAGUACGUGCCGUUCUUCAAAGCUUUGAAAGGGGGCAAACAUCAUAUCGCAUGGACUCCCGAAUGCGACCAGGCAUUUCAAAACUUGAAGAACUACAUGAGCCAGGCACCGCUAUUAUCGAAACCGCUCCCAGGAGAAGUCCUCCUCCUAUACCUCUCAGUAUCCAACACUGCCGUCAGCUCAGUAUUGAUACGGAAGCCAGAGAAGGCAGAACUACCGAUUUUCUAUGUCAGCAAGGCACUCCAGAGUGCAGAGCUUCGGUACCCACCCUUAGAGCAGCUAGCACUGGCCCUGGUCGUCUCGGCGCGAAGGCUUUGCCCAUACUUCCAGGCGCACGAGAUCACUGUUCUGACAAACCAGCCCCUUCGGCAGGUACUCCAAAAACCAGAAACAUCGGGCCGAUUGGUCAAAUGGGUAAUCGAGUUGGGAGAAUUUGACAUACAGUUCAAGCCGAGGCCUACAGAAAAAGGUCAGGCCGUCGCCGACUUCAUCUCCGAGCUCACACCUCCUGCACUAUCGGAAACAUCCUGUCCGAACGCUAUUCUUACUCCACCGGAGAAAAUGGAUGCCGAAUGCUUUGACAAUUCCGUUCCUCUCUGGAUUCUGCACGUGGAUGGCUCGGCAAACCAGCAAGGCUGUGGUGCCGGCUUAGUGUUAACCACUCCGGACGGUGGCAAAGUCGAAUAUGCCCUCCGAUUCAACUUCCGGACCUCCAAUAACGAGGCAGAGUAUGAGGCUCUCUUGGCCAGCCUUCGGCUAGCCAAGAGCAUGAGCGCGAAGCAGAUCAGCAUUCACAGUGACUCCCAGCUCAUAGUGAAUUAG